GGCCUCAGCUGGCGUUCACAUCUAGUGCUGUACACCAUUGUAAAACCUGGUCAGCAAUCAGCAUCAGUCCUCGAUUCACCCGUGAUCCUACCCUUGAAGCUCGCCACGUGAAAGAAUACCCUGUGGGCCCGGCCACCGAGAAUGAGGUUACUAGACGUGAAAGCUGUUCUCGACCGGGAAGCGCACAUCCAGCAGGCCGACCCCGAACGUGAAAUCCUGAAGGAGCUUGACGACAAAGGCACUCGCUAUGCUAUACUGUCACAUCGCUGGGGCGACGAGGUCGGUUACAAAGAGAUGACUGGGCUGAUGAAGAUGGAAGAGCGGAAGAGGGACGUAGUCAGGCAACGCAACGGCUACCAAAAGAUUAUCAAGAGCUGCGAGUGGGCCUCGAAGGACGGCUACGACCUGUUAUGGAUCGAUACCUGUUGCAUCGACAAGCGGAGCAGUUCAGAAUUAUCAGAGGCCAUUAAUUCGAUGUAUCGAUGGUACCAAAAUGCACAGGUGUGCUAUGCGUACCUCCACGACGUUGAUGAGUCGGUCUUCCCUACCGAGCAAGACCGCGACAAGUUCAGCGAGUCCGACGGUUGGCCAGAGUGGUUCAUGCGGGGUUGGACACUGCAAGAACUCAUCGCGCCGAAGCAGGUCGAAUUCUUCAACAAGGACUGGGCGCCCAUUGGCAACAAACGACACCUUUCAUCUACGUUGGAGUGUGUAACGGGCAUUCCUUGGGAAGUUUUGAGGGAUGGUCUGGGUGCGAAGCGACUCAGCGUCGCACAGAUCAUGUCGUGGGCCGCCGGCCGCAAGACGACGCGCGUAGAAGAUCGGGCAUACUCACUGAUGGGAUUGUUCAGGGUUAACAUGCCCAUGUUGUACGGCGAGGGCAAAAAGGCAUUCCAGAGGCUACAACUGGAAAUCAUCCGCGUAUCCAGCGAUCAUAGCAUAUUCGCAUGGAAUCCAAGUGAACCGCGGACAGGCAGUGUCCUGGCUGAGGAUCCGAGCGACUUUCGGGAUAGUAGCUUCAUCAAAAUAGUGAAACGCGAAGAAUUUAUUGACAACCUAAUGACACUCAUUGAACGGAACGCACUCUACGGCCCCUGGCACCCCCAGCAUAAUUCCAGAACCAACCCGAUACAUUGGUGCAGAAUUACAUGGUUGAGGUGGCGUGCCCGUGCGAUCAGCCACCAACUUCGCACAAUCUCUGUCACCAGUUCAGGUAUCCAAGACUUUUGCAACUGCUCGUCCUUUGGCCCGCCUUACCACAUAUCCAGAAUUCAAGACACUCUAUCUUACUUAUCAUCAAGACGCCAAUGAGACACACCGAGAGUUUGCACUCGACGACGAGUAUGCCUCAUACCACGGAUUCGCUCGCUGCGGUACCUACCCGCGCGAGUUUACAGGCGACACCGUUACACUCUCAUCUCUUACAGAUGAUCUCAUCGUUAUAGUGUAUGCC